AUGACCGCACGGGCCCCGCCGCCGCCGCCGCCGCCGCCCGGCCGCCCCGCGCGCGCCGCCUCCUCCGCCAGCACUAAGGCCCGGCGCCCGGGGCGCGGGGGCGGCCGCGGGGAGCCGCCCGCCGCGCCCGGUGCAUCCUCCGCCCGGCGCCCGCGCACCGGCGCCCGCCCGCCGCCCAGCCGGCCCUGCGCGUCGUCGCCCGCACUGCCCGCUCGCCCGCCCGGGUCGCUCGGAUCGCCGCCACGCGUGGAGUCACAGCCCCGGAGCCGCCACCGCCGCCGCCGCCGCCGCCGCUGCUGCCGGCGGCCCCUCGAUUCUCGCGGCGCGCCCGGCCAUCUUCGUUCCUCCGCGCGGCCGGCUCCCCCGGGGCUCCUCUGCUACCCACUCCUCUACCCCCGGGGCCCCCACCUCCUCCUGCUGCUGCUCCUCCGGCUCCCCAGCCGGAGGCUCCUUCUCCCCCAAAGCCGCUGCUCCUCCUCCUUCCCCUCCCGCGGCGCGCGCUCCUCCCUCUUCCCAUUCCACCACCUCCCUCCUCCCUCUUCGCCGGGAAACCGCGCGGGGGCCAGGAUGGGCGCCGCCGCGUCCGUCCGCCCCCGGGCCACCGCGGAGAGGAAGGAGGGCCGGGAGGUCGGCACCCCACCCGAGCUGCAGGCGCGGCCCGCCUGGGGCUGA